AUGGGAGUUACUUCUACAAAGGGUAAUGGCAUUAUCAUCACCACCAGGAGUCAAAAGGUUGCUUCAAAUGUUAACUCAUUUCAUAUUCAUCUUUUGAAUGGCUUAUCAGAUGAAGAUUGUUGGUCCAUAAUCAAAGCCAAAACUUUUGAUGAAAAUGGUGAAGUUCCAUCAGGAUUCGAGAUGAUUGGAAGAAAGAUUGCUAAAAGAUGUCAGGGUUUGCCAUUAGCUACCAAUGUAGUUGGGGGAGUGCUUCGCGGUAAGUCCAAAGAAGAGUGGCGCUUCAUCAAUGAAAAUUGGCUUUCAGAUGGUGAAGGAGGUUGGGAAAUCGAGAAGCAUGAGUUGAUUGAACUAUGGAUGGCAGAAGGCUUUCUUCAACCAAGCCAAAGAGAUGACAUGGAGUCUGUGGGCAACAUGUUUUUUAAUGUGCUUCUACAAAACUCUUUGUUGCAAGUUUUACAUAAAGAUGAUUAUGGAAAUGUUUCAGAGGUGUGUGAUGCAUGA